AUGGCGUCGUUAGCCCUCAGGCCCAUCAUGCCAGCAACCGCGGCGGCCGCUUCCACGACCACAUCUCUCCACCGCUCCCACCGCGGCAGCCCCACCAUGCUCCGGCGCCGCGUGACCCGCCGGCAACCAGUCACGUGCAUGGCCGAGAGCAGCGGCGGGGGCAACAGCACCGUGGAGCUGGCCGCCGGGGCGGCCGGGCUGGCGUCGUGCGCGACGGUGGCGUGGUCCCUCUACACCCUCAAGGCGACGGGCUGCGGGCUGCCCCCGGGCCCCGGCGGCUCGCUGGGCGCGGCGGAGGGCGUCAGCUACCUCGUGGUGGCGGGCCUCGUCGGCUGGUCGCUCACCACCAAGGUGCGCACCGGGUCGGGCCUCCCGGCCGGGCCCUACGGCCUGCUCGGCGCCGCCGAGGGCGUCGCGUACCUCACCGUCGUCGCCAUCGCCGCCGUGUUCGGGCUGCAGUUCUUCCAGCAGGGGUCGCUCCCGGGCCCGUUGCCGUCGGAGCAGUGCUUUGGCUAA